UGCAAGGAGAAAAAAAAAAAAAAAAAAAGAAAUGGUGGGAAAAAUAGAGGGAAAAAAUAGAAGAAAAAAUCAGGCCGAAUCAUAAGCGCCCUGGCCACCGCCGCUCCCUAUCACCGGAAUUCGACGUCCGCGCCAGUAUCUAUCGUCCGAGGGCAGGCGUAAGGGCUUUGGACUCCCGAAAACUCUACACGAGACUGCUUUAUCUGGCAACAGCGGACCAUUCCAGCUCUCGAUCGUCGCCAUUGCUCUUCUAGUGGUUCUAGGGUUUCCUUCCACCGGAGGGAGGCCGGGCUAGGGUUUUUCUCCCCAUGGCGGGGGGGCGGAAGAGAGGAGCCAACAGAGCCAAGGAGCAGAGCCAAUUGAGCCUGGGGGAUCUCGUCCUCGCCAAGGUUAAGGGGUUUCCGGCGUGGCCUGCAAAGAUAAGCAAACCUGAGGACUGGAGUCGGCCGCCGGAUCCCAAGAAAUACUUUGUUCAGUUCUUUGGCACUGCUGAAAUUGCAUUUGUAGCCCCUGCUGAUAUUCAAGCAUUCACUGUUGAGUGUAAGAACAAGUUGCUAGCUAGAUGUCAGGGAAAAACUGUCAAGGACUUCUCACGAGCAGUAAAAGAGAUCUGUGAGGCAUUUGAAGCAUUGCAGCAGAAAAAGGUGUGUCCAGAAGGGUAUGCUGAUGGACCACUUAAGCAACAUCCACCUCAAAUUGGACAUGCCAAAGAUAUGACGAGUGUGGAAGGUCAUAACUCGUCUGUAGCAAGGGAUGAUAAUUUGGAAAGUUAUCCCAAGGAGCAAAUCGAUGAAACUGUUACUCCUAAUAAGUCUCCAGAUGGUGCUCAUGGGUUAGAACGCUGUUCUCUGAGUCGUUCGACAUCUUUGGAUGGUAAGGAUGGGCCUCUGGGGUCUGUUGAAAGACAUAGAUCUCCUUUUUUAUCCGUCAAGAGAAAAGCUAAAGCAGCAAAUAGAGCCUCUCGUGCACAAAAAAAGGGUGUGGUAUCUCCCAGGGCAAUUUCUCCAGAUCAUGACCACAGUAAGAUUAAAAAUGGAAGUGCAGAAGUUAGUGAUAGAAGUCCUGGUGUUUCUGACACAUCUGAUCCUGAUAACAAGGAACAUACAGCAUCAUCACCUGUGAUGAAAUCCAUUUCUUUGAAGCCUUUUACUUCUCGUGGAACUAGGAAAGGAAUCCAUGUGUCUAAAGUAAAAGUUGAGACAUCUGUUGAGGUAAAGGGAAAGGCUGUUGGAUCUCCCAAAACAGAACUUAAAGACCAUGUGAGUUCUAGACACACACUAUCAAAGCAUUUGAAAGAAGAAGCCCAUGGCAUGCUACAUAAAGGAUCCUCCUCUGAUAGGAUGCAUGAACCAUCUUCAACAUCAGAUGCGGAUCUAAUAGGUUCAAAAAAGUCGAAGAGUUCUUUGAAGGAUAACAAGAAAGUUGAUACAGACGAUAAGAAAGGAACAGAGAAUCUGCUGAAUGUGAGGGAUCCUAGUAAGGAAGCUUUUGAUCACUUGGAGGACAGAAAAAACAGUCAGGCAUUGUUAUCAAAGGAUCAAAAGAGAAACACUAAAGUAGGAGGGAAAGGCAUUAUAGAUGUGGAUGAAAAGGUUCGUCCAGUCAAGAGAUUAAGAAUCACAGAGGUGGAUGAUGACAUUGCUGACGAAUCAGCAUUAGUUGGCAGAAAUGAUAAGUUCAGCACUUCUCCAAAUGUAGCGAUUAACAAGAAAGGUGAGCUUGUUAUAGGUUCUGAAAACUUAAGUACUGUUGCAGCUUUGAAAUCUAAUACAUGCAAAGGUGGAGGCCAUUCUUCAGGUGAUGAAGAUAUUCUUCCCUUGACAAAGCGACGGCGUCGUGCACUAGAAGCCAUGUCAACUGCUGUUGCUGAUAGCGAUGUUGAUGUACAUGCGGGAAGCCCAAAUUUGGCCAAAAGCAUUCCCUCCAUGCAAGUAGAGAAUGAUGCAUCUCUUGCCUCUGGAGCUGAUGACAGGGAAGCUUCUUUUGUUGCUGUUGAUGAUAAUAGGGAAUGCAAGAAAGUUGUUAAUAAUGACACUACAAGUCUUCCUCAUACAUCUUCUGAAGCAAUUGCUGAUACUCUUCAGACUGCUUGUGUGCAAUCAGAAAAUUCUGACAAGUCAUUGAAGACCAGUAACAUCAAGGGUGAAAAUCCAAACUCAGCUGAUGAUUCACAGACAUCAUUCGGCGCUAUGGUAUCACCGGAUGGACCUACAAAGGGGCCUUUAUUUAGUCCUAAGCAAGUUGAACAAAAGAGGGUUAAGGCUGCUGUUUUAGAAUCUAAAUCAUCUUCAAGACCCUCAAACUCACCAUCGCCUUCUCCAAAUACCUUGGUAGGACACGUCAAACCUGCAACUAAGCCACUUGAUCAGAAAAUUAACAAAUCACAUGCUAAGCCAUUAGGUUCUCCAACGGUGAAGAAAUCUCUGUCUGCAUCUUAUAGAACUUCCUACCAGGAUCCAGAAAGCUUAAGCCGUGGGCAUUCUACUACUCCACAAAGAAAUAAGGUUGACUCAUCAUCUGAAAAGUUGAAAUUUUCCCAAAAAGCUAGUUUGCGAGUUGAGAAUAGGUCCAAGACAGCAGUUUCUACAGAGCACAAUGCUGAGAGAGAUGGUCUGACUAAAGAACGAAAUCUUGAAUUGGCAAAGGAGUUUAUAGCUGGCAAUUCAACCAUAGAAAUAAGGGCUGCAGAAUCAUCUCCAUCCAUGAGAAACCUUAUUGCAGCUGCUCAGGCUAAGAGGCGGCAGUCUCGUCCUCAGUCUUUUUUGCAUGAUGAAUUUGAUGUUUCUGUCCCUGCUAUUAUGUCCACCACCCCUGUACAGGGGAAGGCUUUCAGUCCUCUUCCUUCAUUUCAGCCUUUUCAUUUGAGCAAUGGUGUGCAGGACAAUUCAAAGGGAUUUAUUCCCCAUUCAUCGGUUACAUCACCAUCAAAUCAUGCCCAUCAGUUCAUACUACCACAGCAGACGGACUUAAAAGAAUAUGAAGAAACUAAAAUUGGGUCAGAAAACAGAGGAAUCGAGGGGUCAUUGAGUGGUGGAACUGAAGCAGCUGUUGCUCGUGAUGCUUUCGAGGGGAUGGUGGAAACACUAUCUAGAACAAAAGAUAGUAUUGGCCGAGCUACUCGUCUUGCAAUUGAUUGUGCCAAGUAUGGGAUUGCAGGAGAAGUUGUGGAUAUUCUUAUUCGGAAGUUGGAAACUGAGGCUAGCUUUCAUCGAAGAGUUGACUUGUUCUUUCUUGUUGAUUCAAUCACACAAUGCUCACACAGUCAGAGAGGUAUUGCAGGGGCUUCAUACAUUCCAACAGUACAGGCAGCUCUUCCACGACUUUUAGGUGCUGCUGCUCCACCUGGAGCUUCUGCACGUGAAAAUCGUCGUCAAUGCCUGAAGGUUUUGAGGUUAUGGCUUGAAAGGAAAAUCCUUCCAGAAUCAGUUCUUCGUCGUCACAUGGAUGAAAUUGGAUCUUCAAAUGAUGAAAUUACUGCCAGUUUGUCUUUACGACGUCCGACUCGAGCAGAGAGGGCUGUGGAUGAUCCACUCAGAGAAAUGGAAGGAAUGCUUGUUGAUGAGUAUGGCAGCAAUGCAACAUUUCAAUUGCCUGGUUUCCUAUCUUCUCAAUUCUUUGAAGAGGAAGAAACUUUUCAAAUCAAGGAAGCCACUGAAAUGUUGUCAUUGGGUACCACUGAAGUUUUGGAGGAGGCACUACCAUAUGCUGGUACUCCAAGUGAUAGGCGUCACCACAUUUUAGAAGAAGUUGAUGGGGAGCUUGAAAUGGAAGAUGUAUCUGCCUCUUCCAAAGACGAAGCUGCAGCCCGUAGCAUUCCUGUUGAACAAGAACCUCAGCAAAAUGUUCCAAGUUCUUCGAGGGAUGAUACGACUGAGAAUGCCCCACUAGAAGUUGGUUCUCCACCUCUACCUGUGGAUUCUCCUCCCCCCUUGCCACCUUUACCUUCUUCCCCUCCUCCCACUCCCCCUCCACCCCCGGAAUCUCCAUCUCCACCUCCACCACCACCACCUCCACCACCACCGCCGCCGCCACCACUGCCAGCAUCUUCCCCACCUUCCUAUGUCUAUGGUCAUUCUAUGCCUCAAGAUUAUCCUAGGCCUCCAGAUUUGAGUCGGCAAGAUUAUCAUCGGCUUCCAGAUGGUGGUGGAAAUGUCCAAACUGCUGGACCUGCUCCUUCUCAAAGCCAUGUCAAUCUUACGCCUCUGGGAAAUGAAAGGAUUCCACAUAAUUCUUCUUUUGCAACAUCUGGGCAGUGCCAUGUCCAAGAUGUUCCAAAUACACAUCCGUCUAAUUUUGAAUAUGGGAAAAGUAAUAUUCAUUCAGUCCCUCAGGCCACCCAAGUUACUCAGCAGUUCCAGCCCAGUGCAGUUACUCAGCAGUUCCAGCCUGGUAAUGUGCCAUUCCAGCAACGACCAUAUCAUCCCCCUCCACCUCCGCCUCCACCUCCACCUCCACCUCCACCUCCACAUCCACAUCCACAUCCACAUCCACAGCCACCUUCCAAUCACUUCUCUCCUCCACAGCCACCUUCAAAUCAUUUUGCAUAUCCUAGGCCUGUUGCUCCGCAUUUUGCUCCACAACCUUAUCACCAGUAUCCUUUGACCUCUGUCCCAAACAAUUGGAGGCAACCUGUUAAUGAGGAACAAUGGCGACCACAUCCUAAUGAUGCCAAAGCUAAUAGUCAGCAGAACGUGUGGGUUCCUGGAGGAAUGUCUGCACCAUCAUGCUCAGGCCCACCUAUUGUACAGGAUGGUUACUUUCGACCCCCAGUAGAAAGGCCUUGCUUAAGCCCCAUGGGCUAUCAGUAUCCUGUACAGAACUCUGUUGGCUCUGGUGGUUCAAUUCCAGCUGCCCCUCCUCACGGCGUCAAUCAGGUGCAACCUUGCAGGCCAGAUGUUGCACCCUUUAAUUGUUGGAGGCCUAUGUAAAACCAAUUUUGUCUCUCUCAGAAACCUUAAAAAUUUAGGAAACCAAGGAUGAGAAAAGUGUGAUAUCCACACGUUCGGUCAAGAAUCAAGAAUACACAACUUGAAGGAUAUCUGUCUUUGGUGGCCUACAUCACAUCAAUACUUUCUCAAGAAAUGACUUCAAUUUCAGAUGAUUGCAUUUUGCACAGUUGUGGGGUAUGCUCACGAAAAAUUAUUCGUAGAUGUCAGAGGCUUGGGUGUUGUUCUUAAAAUUGGAGCUUCUGAAUCUAGGGAAGUGAUCAAUGUUGGUUAUGGAUUAUAUAGAUCACACGAAGAACAUUAUUGAUCAGUUGGCUAUUGUUGGGAAUACCGUUCCAGACAAUGAUAAAGUUCAACAAACUCUUAAUGGCCUGGGCUCAGAUUUUGAUAUGUUUACUACAGCCUUGUCAUGUCAGCUCACUUUGCCUACUUUUGAGGAGAUUCAAGCAAAACUCCUUUAGUAUGAGAUGACCAUGAAGAGAAGGGUAGAGGAAAAUGACAUGAUCAAAUAUCAUACUAUUCUGGCAAUAGACAGCUCAGUAGGUGUAGGAUGUGGAAAUGGAGGGCAUUAAGGUGGUAGAGGAUGAGGGGGGGCAAGGUGGCCAUGGAAUAUUGCCUACACCUAUUGUCCCAGGUGAUUUUAAUGCAGGGAACCGAAAGAGAGUGCUCAUUUGCAUCCAGUACAACAAAAACAGGCAAGUGAAUGCUGAUUGCUGUAUAAUCCAUAAAAUAAAGGGAAAGAAAAUGAGUAACUUCGAGAAUAGAGCAGCUUCCAGUGAGAGUGCGAAGCCACCUGGUGAUGUAUGGUAGGUUGUCCUGUCAACUCUAUCAUAAAUGACAAGCAAAAUGAAUAGGAAGAGUGCUAUGUGGAUUCAGGAUCACACAGACAAUGCGCUUAAGUUGCCUGGCCUAGCUCCUUACCUUGAAAAAGGUUGUAUUGUUAUGGGAGAUGGUAGUCACCCUUCAAUUAGUCAUGCUGGUAAUGCACAUUUCCCAUGCUCAAGUCCUCCCUUUUCCUGUCCAAUGUUUUACUUGCACUAAAUAUUCAAAAGAAUAUUGUUUCUGUUGCUAAACUUAUGCACGAUAUGAAUUUGUCAGUCGAAUUUAUUCCAUCUUCUGUCUAUGUCGAGGACCUUCGAAUGAAGAAGACGUUUGCUGAAGGGGAGCAAUGAGGAAACCUGUGCCUCUUCCAAAAAAAAAAAGAAGAAGAAGAAGAAGAAGUUCCUGCUUCUCUCCAGUUCUAGUUGUCCUGUUGGAGCCAAGAAAGCCUUCAUCUUCAUAAUCUUUUGUCUUUAGUUCUAGUAUGUGUUUGUUGAGUGUUUCUAGUUUAUCUUGUUGUAAUGAGCCAAAUCUUUGGCAUGGUCGUUUGGGUCAUUGUAGUCGGGGAUUUAUUGAAAAACUUGUGUCUGAUGGUUUUAUUUUAGAGUCUAGUUUAUUUUCUCCUUUUGAGGUCAAGAAAUCUUUUAGUUGCAAAUUAUGUAAGAAUCAUGCUUCCUUUCAAUGUUAUAAACAAAAGAACUUCGAGGCCUUUUGAAAUUGUUUGUUUGAUGUUUGGUGAGUGUGCACUGAUUUCUUUGUCUAGAAGUCAAUACUAUGUUAUAUCAUCGACUCGUAUUCUCAUCACAGCU